CAGUCCAAUCCAAUCCAAUCCUGUUUACUGAAUGUGGACUUGCGGGUAUGUGAAACGCAUUGAGUUGACGACGCAGCUAUUUCCUAGCAUUUAUCCAUGACAAGCAUCGUAAAUUGUAUCGGCCAAGGGCUGGGUGCCAUAAAUCUUCAUCCACCGAAAGAUGAUUGCGCUGAAGAAUUAGCGCGGCAAGCAGAUGAGGAGUGGGAGAAAGGAAAUGCCAACGUGAUUGCAUUUUACAAGCAGAACCUCCCGUCCCUGGACAACGUCAACUACGAAGACGUCAAGGCCGUAGUGACAUACACUGUUGCAGAUUCCUUCAGUCCAAGUGAUUGGAGACCACUGGCCACAGCGUUGGGCAUUCCAGACUCUGAACUGGGGGGCAUUGAAGAAAGUGCUCGGAUACGGAAUUUGAAGCCCUUGUACGUAGCCCUCGAUAAUGCCUACCCAAAGCUCGAAGCAUUCUGCAAGAAAACAUCCUUCGGGCACCUCAUUCGCACCCUGAUGACGAUGGAAAGAAUCGACGUGCUCACAAAGAUCAAGCCCAAAGUUCAAGGGUUGCUGUCAAAAGCAAGUAAGCCUUACAGCACAAUGCAGCCCCAGAGGAUGGCAUCAGUACAGCAAGACCGGCACAGCGACACUCUGGACUCCAAAAGUCACAGCUGUAUGGAUUCUGGGUUUAUCUCCACCACUGCUUCCAUGGCUGGCGAUGCAGAGCCGAUUCUGACUGAAGUAGCGCUGCCUCUGAAGGAUGCACACUUCGAGAACUUUGCGAAUCCAAAUGGAGACUGUAUAUCGAACUGUAUUGCAGGGGGGCUCGACAUACAACCUGCCUGUAACGAGAAGAAACUCGCGAAUACAUGUUCUGACACGGACAAAUAUGCUUCCGUCCUGGAUUCCUACUUUCCCAAGGGAAAUUGCGAAAAACUGACGGUGUUUGUGACACAUCACGAGGAUGACUACGAAGUGUCCACACAGCUGGCAAAACAACUACGGAACAACUAUUCGUGCUCUGUUUUGGUGCAAGGGGACCUCGUAGGGGCAUACCACUGUGACCAGCGGAUUUACGAAGACUUAGUGGGCAGGAAUCGUUCGCAGAAUUAUGGGCAUUCCUCUGCUUGGUGUCACCGUUCCGCUGAUGCAAUUGUUCCGGUUCUUUCCAAGACCUACUUGGCCAACUAUGACAAACCCCGUCGCCAAGGGUGUGCGGAUUCACUGGAAGCCAGUGCCACGUACGAAGUGUACUACCACCUGAGCAACCGUCUUGUCGCAGACGCUUUUCUGUGUCACAUGAUAUUUCCCGUAAGGUUGGGGGACGUAGAUUAUGCAGACGUGCGUCACCAUCACAUCUUCAAGAAGGCUUGCCAGCUCUGGGACCAGGUACCGAAGCUUGUGAGGAUCAUGCACGGUUGCAAAGACAUGGUGAGAAACAGGAGGAAUGGACACGUGUUGACACAUGAUGGUUCCUGUGGUCAUCUACUAGAAGGGAAAGUGGGAUUGGUGCAGUGCGUUCCAUCACACAGGACCGAAGAUUAAAAUCACCAAGAAGCACAGCUGAUGUUUAAGGGUGGGGGAAGAUAUACAGAGAUUCUAAUCUUGUGGCUGAGCCUUGAAGGAACCAUGAAGAGAUCCUCAAAUCCUCUGCAAACAUAUGUAAUGCAUUCCUGGACGCCAGUACAUUCACCAUGCGGAGUAUGACCCGAGCAUUGGUUAGAAUAAUGGGAAGAUAUUGACUAAAAACCAUGCCCCAAAAAAAGGCGACCACUGCGACCUGGCCAUUCUCGGCACACUGUGACUAUAUGUGGCGUCCGAAGCAGGUAACCUUCCCUGCUGAUGGACUGGCUUAGUGCAACCUUGGAGUGAACAAACAACGCAAGUGACGUCAAGCCUCGUGUAGGGGAGGGGUGUCGGGCAGCGGCUUGACGCUUCUUUUUUUUUGCAGGUGAGCUGCGCCCACGUUGAAUGCUAUAUGUCAAAAAUUGGAUAUACAUACUUAGACCCUGAAGUUUUAGGGUUAAACCCGAUUUCCCCCCGAAUUUGCACCCCGAAUCGAGGUUCACCGGUUUAGGGUUAAACCCGAUUUCUACCCGCAAAACUGCACCUAAGCUAGGCACCUCACGGCAAUGACAUACUAAUUUUUCGCAAAAUACACGGUUGAUCUCAACGUCUGAUACUCUGGAUAGGCUGUACAACGAACGUUUGUUCGACAAUAGAGCCCGAUUUAUCCCCAAAUUCAGUCUGAUGGUAAUUUUUCCGCACGAAUUUGCAUGAAUUUUCGACAUCAAGUGAUUGACCCGAAUUUUACCCCCCGAAUUUGGAAAAAAAUAAAACUUCAGGGUCUAUACAUACUGUAUCUACUCGCGCGUACAACACAAUUUUUUUAACCCAGAAAACACCGACCCAUUAAGGAGGUGCAUUCAAUACGUUGGGGGAAAAUUGGAACCCAACACUUAAAGUGGGACUCUGCAACAAAAUCACCACAAAGAUUGUGACAUAGCAGUAACCCCUUGGGUUGUUAGGAACAUACAUAUAAAAUAUCGCGUUCCAAAAGUGCGCUGAUUUUAUUCGAACGAGCUAUUGCGAAGUGAACGCUUCACCUCUGUGAAGCAAGAGGGCGCUGAAAGCAACACUGUUGACACCAUGGCAUGGAAGAAUGCAAGUUUCGUAGCAGACGACAAUGCUGAGCGACGUCACAGUAUGCUCCUCCGGGUGAACCGCUGUGUGCUUUGCAUUUUGGUUUCGGUUUCGUAUCAUCAUCAUUUACGGAUUAAUUACUCAAAAUGAAUGCAAAUGUUGUAUUCGGUAUCAAGGGAGUGGUCCAUGUUCGGUAUGAUGUUCACCUAAUAUUUUUCGAAUCCUUGUGAAGUCUACCUUUAAGGUACACUUAAGUCCCAUUUUAUUCUGAGAUAUCCGUGGCAAUCUCCCCAGAAUCGAGCGUCGUGAUUCUCCCACAUCAAUUGGUCUUUCGUUCUAUCAAGGAUCGACAAGAGAGUCCUUGAUGUCUGUCCCAUUCGUCGUCCUGUGGUGCCAGGUGCUCCAUCUCGAUAUGCUGGCUGACACUUCACAAGACAAUCCAGCUGUGCUGUUAAAGUUGGGGUACGUUUAAUGUGUGGGGAACAAAAAAAUACCAGCAUUUCGGUGCUCAAGUUUGGGUGCGUUCAAUAUGCAAGAAAGUAUGAUAUUUCCGAUAAACGUUCUCUUUGGGAGCUACUCUCCACCGAGAAACCAGAUUUUUUGGGAAACUCUUCAUUUCCCCUUUAAAACAUAUUUGGGAAGAGGGACAGAAGAUGCAACUUCUUAUAUAGCAUGCAUGAAGAGGCUACAAGAAAAUGUCUGUUUUGGAGGGUGGUAUCUGGCACUGUACAACAAAUGGUACCGCAGUGGCAUUUCGUGUUGUGCUAGGUUUUCGCGCGGCUGGAAAACCAUGCUGUUGGUGCACUGUACAACUACUUUCACCAUGUUUUAUGGCUGUAAUCAGAUAAUGUCUCCCUUAGCAACAGAUAGGAAAAUUACGUGUGCCGAUUAAAUAACGUCUUUUGUUCAGCACAAGCCACGAGAAAUGACCCUGAUCUCUGUGAUGAUCUCUCGCUGGAGAAAGGUUUUCUUUCGUGGGCACAAAUGUGCUCCUAGUGUAUAGCAGGCCACUUGGCAACACCACGUGACAGAUUGUGCUACAGCUGCUGAUUGUGCUGUGUUGUGCAUCAUUCUAUUGACUCUGGUCAGGGGUUGGAGGGAAUCAAGUUGCACCUACGCAUUCGUCGUAAUUCAGGUCCGUGCCAUAUUAGGACCCAAAAAGGCAAAGGGAUGAAAGGUUCUCGUGACUAAUGAAGCCAGCAGAUAACAAAGUCCAGGGUUGUACCCCGUGUGACUUUUUCUGCUUAGGAGGGAGGCAAGGCCACCUUGAUAAAAAGCUGGGUUUUUUUUCCAUUUUUUUUUUUUUUAUGUUAGUGAAGAUGUUUAGCUUAGAAGAGAUGGAAUCUGGUUAUCUUGGCUAGGCCUUGCUUGCUUUUCUCUCUCUCUCUCUCUCUCUUUCUCCCUCUCUUUUUACGAACUCUUUUUUUGUUGUUGCUGCUGUGUUCUUUUACUUUUCUAUUCAUUUUCUGACUGAGGGCACGUGAGCUUUGUGCAAAAACAGAUAAAAACUACGAGUCACCAAGCAGCUGCUUGUGUGUUCCAUGUGUCUCAUAAUUUUUAAAUUUUUUUAACUCAUUUUUUUUAAAUCUGUUUUUGCCCAAAGCUUAGGCUUCCUCAGUGUGAAUAUCACCCACCAGCUCGCCUGUGUAUAGACACUAUUUUGUCAGUGCAGAUAUAUCACCUUUGUUCAGUAAUGGCAAAGUUAAGGUUUAAAGAGCAAUGACCUAAGUUGUGGUCGUGGCUACUAGUUUGUUUUCUUUUUGGAUGUAACUAGUUACAGCUAAAAUUUCCAAGUUGAAGUAACUUAAUUGUUUUACAAUUCCCCUUUUAUGAAAGUAAACACAAACCUCAGGGGCCGUGUUUUGGUGCUCGUGCUGUCCAACACCAAUUACAGCACGUGCUUGUUAUGCUUACUGAGAGGAGGUUUCUCAAAGUUAUUGUCACUGAACUUCGAUCUCUUCAAAUCAACCGCUCCCCUUCCCACAGUUACAAGUUACUGGUAAUUUAGUUAUAACUAGAGAUGAGACGAAUCCAGAAUUUUCCAAAUCCGAAUCCAAGGAAGAUUCUGCGAAUCCACGAAUCUUGCUAAUCCUUUCUGGAAAAAGAGUUUAAAAAGCCAGGAAGAAAAACUUAUAGUGAAAAGCGUUUUGAAGCAGAAUAUCAUAACUUUUGUUUAAUGGAAAACAAAUUAAAUAAUAGUUCAGUUUCAGGUGAAAAUAUGCUCAUAUAGCUCUUGUUAAACUUAAUUUAUUUAACAUGUUGUUUAUCGACUACAAGAAAUACAUAAAUUCUAGAGUGUGAUUUAUUUUCAUAAAACUAAGCAACAAUUAAAAGCAAAACCAUGUUGCUUUUAAACUUCUAAUGGAAGUGUUCCUGCCUGAACUCUUUCGCUCCAGAGCAAUGUAAACAAACAAUCAAGAAUACACCCGUCGGCCAAUGAGGCUUUCAGCGGACUCCAGAGGUGCCAUUUUGAAAAACAAACAAACAAACGUGGUUGCUGGAUUUGAAAGAUUCGAUUUGCCGUUUUGGGUACUGGGAUUCGGAUUCCGGAAUCUUGAAUCCCUGCCUAGGAUUGGGUGAUUUGCAGAUUCAGUUGGCACAUCCCUAGUUAUAACUCUACUUAUAUUCUGCUUUACUGAAGAUGGUGUCCUGCUAAGAAACUCUUUAUCAGUACAAUUACACACAUUUCCAUGGCAGAAAGUUUCAUGGCAAGGGCUACCUUAUUGCACACUCGCUGUCACAACCUUGUGCCUUGCAAAUAAAGCAGAACAUUUUACAGGGGCAUCGGAAGGUGGAAGCAAGGGUUUUUUUUGAGGGCCUCAACUUCCUCCACGCACGGAGAUUGGACAGGGUGUCUCAUAUUUUUACAGCCACUUUCCGUUCUUUUUCUUUUUUUGUUUCAGCAUUUGCUGGUUCACUUUUAUGAAGAUUGCUACUGUAGGCAACAUUUCCUUUAAGUAGAAAAGAUGUGACACUUUACAUAAACAUAAUUGGAGGCGCUGUCAUGACACUGACAUAAACUGUGUACCAGAUGUAAAGAUGCCUAUUUCUCAUAUUCAUAUGGGCUAGCCCUAGCCAUUACUUAAUUAGUCAGAUGCUGUAAGCGGACGCUCUUUAACAUAUUUGAAGUCAUUGUGCGCUUCGUGUGUCACUCCGUUGCACCAUAUUUCUCUGCACAGAAAGUUCUCAGUGUACCGAUCCUUAUCAUUUUGCUCCGUGGCAAUGGACUCUGACGUUUGCAUCUUACAUACUUUACCUGUGAUUGUACAGCUUGGGACAAAAGUUUACGGAAUACAGCAGUGGCGUAUUACUUCAUCGGAGCGGACUGCUGCUUGCUGUCAGGAAGCGACCGAAUAAGAAACGGAUGGCCGUCUAUUCUAUCCGUCUCUCAGUAGGUGUGCCCGUGUUCAUUUGCUGCUGGGGUGUAGCUCCAAUGGAGAAAUGCGACACCCUGGUGUGUCGUGAACUGUUGUCCCAGGCUGUACAUGUAUAACAGAUGCUAGAAAGUGUAUCCGGUGUGUAACGUUCUAUGUUACAGACUACAAAAAAAGCAUUGUAAACUUGCACGACGUAUGUCUACGUACAAACUUGCUUGUCGUAGCAUAUGCAGCCUUUCUUUUUGUGUGAAUUGUGAAUUUUAUUGUCACGUAGAAUUGAAAUACACAUGGACAUUUAUAUACAGGUAGAGGACCCAGGAGGAAACAAUUCCCUGAUGAAGGAUCCUCCAUAGUUAGGGAGUGACUUUUUCGGGUUAAAUACCUUUAUCAGAUUUUGGGGGGGGGGGGGUAAAAAUCGGGCGCUAUUUUCAAAUCUGUAGUUCAGGGAGAAAUCGGGGGAUAAUUGUGCCUUCGGUUUUUUGCGGAAUCGUGACCUUCCAGCAGUAAUCCCCGAAGGCAUAGACAGUACGUGUUGACACACAUGGGUGUAUUGCUGGGAACGUAAGUGACCCAUUCUUACAUGUGUUACACGUGGCGACCUUUGUUAGUCUUCAGUGGAAACGUCACUUGAGGAUUUCAUAGUGACUGGAAUUCGGGGAGAAAUCGGGUUUAACCCGAAUUGGUUGGAGGUCAGUUCAGGGGAAUAACAGGGCAGAAUCAGGUUUAACCUGAAAAGUCACUCCCUAUCCAUAGUGCAUACAUUAAAUCAUAAACAGUACAUCCGUAGACCAGUGAAUCCAUACACCAUACAUGAAAAUAUAAGUCAAAGUUGAAUUAUAAGUAUGAUCUAAUACACACAUUAUAAAAAAAUACACACACAUUAUUUAAAAAAAAACAUUAUAAAAAUGAAGUGAUGUAUGUAGUAAUUUGAUGAAUUGAUGAUUGCUUCAUAAUUGAGUGAAUGCUAAUUGAUCUUGAUGGUACAAUGCUGGGAUAUCUGUACAGUUUUCCAACUGCAUGAUCAAGGGGAGUAAUUUAAUUAGUUAAUUUAAUUCUUGUAAACAUUUGACCCUUCACGAGACCCAUAGUGUUACUGGCCCACACCCGACUGAUGUGAUGAGUUUCAGUAUCUUUCACGUUACUAUCAAACCCUUUGUUGUAAAACUUUCAGUGCAUGUUCACACUGAUGCAAAUAAUCAUCCUAUAGCAGUGAUUCAUGAGCCCUUAAUCAAUUCGAACAGCUUAGGAACAGAAAGAAAAUUACAAAUAAACUUUUUAUAGGACUGCCUGUGAUGUGCAUUCCAGCUCAAAGUUCAGCUUGUUAUCGUAUAACAUUGUUGGAUAGGUUUCGUUAUAAUUGGUUGUGGUUACGAUUCAUGUAAUGUAUGUGCAAUGCAGUCCAAAUAUAAGUGCCUAUUUUUGU